CAUAGGAAAGCUUUAGGACGCCAUGACCAACAACACCUCAAGCUCGGAGUUCAACAGCGCCGAGAUGAAGAAGAUUCUGGCGUACAAGAAGCUCGCAGAAAUGGCAGAAACAGAUCCAAAGAGAGUCAAGAGGAUAUUGGCGAACAGGCAAUCAGCAGCUCGAUCGAAGGAGAAGAAGCUGAGGUACAUCUCAGAAUUGGAGAACAAGGUGCAAGCUUUGCAGACUGAAGCAUCUAUAAUAUCUGAGCAAUUGAACUCAUUGCAGGCAUGAGUUCAUAUUGGCUGAUUGUCAUGGUAAUUACUUCAUGGCUUAUGAACUCUUUGACCAGAGAGGAAUAACAGCACUGAAAUGUCAGAACAAUGAACUUAGGAUUUGUCUUGAAGGCAUGGAACACCAGGCGAAAUUAAGAGAUGGUAUUUUCUUUCGUUAUUUCGAUUUUUAUCUUUUUCAUUAGUGUAAUAUUUGUGGCACUCUCCCGGUCAUAUUUGUAGCCAUCAAUGAAGCACUAAAUGCAGAGGUCCAAUGACUGAAAAAUGCAGAAAAAUCCCUGAGUCAUUGACUCUCAAAGAGCACUACAAAUGCGGAUGAAUUCUCUAAUCUAAUCAUCUCCAUCAGUUGCAAGUG